GCGGCCGCGCCGGGUGAGGGCGGUGCUGGUACCGCGGCCCGCACGGAUGUGCCUGUUUGAGCACUGUGGUCAGGUGCCUUGCAAUCACCCAGCUUGAAGGACCUGUGAUGACUUUGAAAUUUGGAUCAUAUUGGAUUAUCUGAAGCACUCCAUGUAUGAGAUGUCUGCAUCCUCUUGAGCUUCCCUCUCUCCCAUGAUGGCACCUUGCACCUCUGGUUAAACUUGUUCUUCAGUUUUGCCUUACAAAGCAAGUUUCUUCAGAAGAGAAAGAAGGGAUUUCACUUCCAGAGUGAAAUUGAUUCCAUGUCACAUCAAGAGCUUCUCUGUUGUCCUCAAGUUCGCUAUCAGACCAUCUCAUCACAAACCUGCACACUCCUUGUGAUGACUGCCAUGGGCUGCAGAAGGGAAUGUGACUAGUUCCUGCCCUGCUUGGAGACCCCUUGUAUGUGCUUCCAUUUGCCAGCUUAAUGCUGUUCCUUUGCAAGUGUGCUGAGAAACAAAUGCAAGCUCGAGGUGCCCUUUCAGAGAAGCCAAUGAUUUAUGCCAGCCAUGUCACUAGCUGAAUGGGUCUCACAACCCUGUGACUCUGUGGGCCUUUGUUAGUCACACUGGGAUCUGUUGACCUCCAACAUUAAUGUUGAGUGUGCUGUGCUUUAAGGUUUUGAGGAAAAUGCAGAGACGGCAUAGCAGCAACACUGACAACGUUCCUCCUGAAAGAAACCGGAGCCAGACAGUGAGUUCUGAGACCAGCGUGGAUGAAAGUGGAGUCUUUGAAAGUCUGAAGGCUGAAGCUUCCUCACCACAACAGUUGUUCUCAGGCCUGGCAGGCAUCCCCUCAGGCACCAUCACAGCCACCCCGUUCCAGUCAGGUUUGGUCCUGGGCUCUUCAGCAGGAGGUGGGGAAGUAUUCAUUCAGAUGCCAGCCCCAAGGGAGGAAGGGAGCAGUCGUACUGAGGGAGCACCAUUCCACCACCGGCAGUCAUCCCAUCAUUUCCACCAUGGCCAUCACCGGGGUUCAUCUCUGCUGCACAUGGCAGGAGGGGACCGCCAUGGGCACGCUGACGAAGGCAGUGAUGAACAAGCUGGAACUCCAGCCCCAGCUCUUUCAGAGUUAAAAGCUGUGAUUGGAUGGCUGCAGAAGGGACUUCCCUUCAUCUUGAUCCUCCUGGCUAAAGUUUGUUUCCAGCACAAGCUUGGGAUUGCUGUGUGCAUUGGUAUGGCCAGCACAUUUGCAUAUGCCAACUCAACACUCCGGGAACAGGUCACUCUGAAGGAGAAAAGAUCAGUGUUGGUUGUCUUGUGGAUCCUGGCCUUUCUCACUGGAAACACCUUGUACUUGCUCUACACAUUCAGCUCUCAGCAGCUCUACAACAGCCUUAUAUUUCUGAAACCCAACCUGGAGAGGCUGGACUUCUUCGACCUGAUGUGGAUUGUGGGCAUCGCAGACUUUGUACUCAAAUACCUCACCAUUGCACUGAAAUGCCUAAUUGUUGCCCUGCCAAAGAUCAUCCUUGCUGUCAAGUCAAAGGGGAAGUUUUACCUGAUCAUAGAGGAGAUAAGCCAGCUCUUCCGCUCACUUGUCCCCAUCCAGCUAUGGUAUAAAUACAUCAUGGGAGAUGAUCCAUCCAGCAGCUACUUCCUUGGUGGGAUCCUGAUUAUCCUAUACAGCCUCUGCAAGUCUUUUGACAUCUGUGGUCGUCUGGGAAGUGUCAGGAAGGCACUGAAGGUCCUCUGCACCCCACAAACCUAUGGAGUUCGUGCCACCAGCCAGCAGUGCACUGAAGCCGGUGAUAUCUGUGCCAUUUGCCAAACAGAAUUCAGGGAACCUUUGAUCCUGAUAUGCCAGCAUGUGUUCUGUGAAGAAUGCCUAUGCCUCUGGUUUGACCGGGAGAAGACCUGUCCUCUUUGUCGUUCUGUCACCGUUGAAACCCUGCGUUGCUGGAAGGAUGGCACCACCUCUGCUCACUUCCAGGUGUAUUAAAACCAUUACAUGUGUGGAGAGAAGACAAAGCUGGAAAAUCUGGUGAUCCCAAGGCCCCUGUUUAGUAGCCCAUGGGUUUAUCUUCGUCUUUCUUGCAGCUCUAUUUCUCCAGGAGCCACAGAACAACAACUGUUACUAUCCAGAAACUUUAUCCUCAGAGGCAAGGAAGAGGUGGUUUAUGUUAUGGCAAACUCCAUGACUAAGCUACAGCCAAGAUUUUGCCUUGAACUUAAGAGCUUGUAAACUGCCUAGGAUGUUUCCUUUAUUUCUCUCCUUUUAGUAUAGCUAAAUGUUGCAUGUAUAAGGCAAGAGUACUGUGAAUUGCAUGUGUAUAACUGAUAUAUGGGGGAAAAGCUAUCCUCUGGCUCAAACUACUGUGAGAUUUUUCACAUGAAUUAGCUCUAGCAUCCCUGAAUCUUUAACCUCAUAGAAUUAUGCUGUUGCUGUUACAUUUCCCUUGAGAUCUCCUUCAAAUAAGUUCUUCAGAACCUCCUGCCCCCACUUCAUUUCGUGUUGGAGAAAUGUCCUUUCCCAGCAGCCAUGUUUUGGAGUUGAUUACACAAAUGGCAUGGGUUGAAAAUCUCAAGGAACUUGGGAAAGACCAUGCCAGUGACACUGGAAAUGACACUUGGAGUAUUUUUCCUCUUUACUUUUCAUGAUCAGACUGAUUUCUUAGCAUAUGUGGAGAACAGUGGGAGGCAGAGAGAGGUUAAAGUCAAGCUAGAUUUAUCAGGUGAAAAGUCAAGCUCCUAACCCAGAGCAUCUCAUAGAUCCAGAUCUCUCUGUAAUAUGCUUCUCAGUACAGUCCCUGAGGAAGGCUAAGUGGCUUCAUCCAGAGUCUGCCUGCUUCCAAACCCAGGAAACAUGUGAGUCUAUGCAGCACCAGUGGUGGUUGGGCAUCAGGGAGGUUGAGUUUCUUGAGGCUGCCUGCCCUGAGGGCAGAAUUGCACAGCAGCUUCAGGAGCCAGCCUGGUUUAAACAUAAACUGGAUAAUCCACCUGUGGUGGUGGAAAGGGAAAGCUCUUUGAGGAGAUACCUUGUGGUGUAAACAGGUGAAUGACUACACUUCAUGUCGAUGCAGUUCCCAUCUCUGCUGAGGCUGCUGGCAUGGCAUCUUCCACACAAAUAGAGUUGUUGUUCGUGGGAUGGAGCUUUCUCCUUCACUGAACAACCUCUGCUUUGUGCUGCAUGCCCAGGGAAAGCUCCUCAUUAGGCAACUGUGGCAUUUUCCCUGCUCAUUACUAUGGAAAUGGCUGUAAGGUUACAAUCCACUUGAGUGGAUCAUCAGGAAGAGCUGUACCUGGGGGAAAUGAGCCUGUGUGUAUGUACUGGCUGCUGCCUUCCCUCCUGCUGUGAAACUCCCCAGGGAGAAUUAAAGCAAACAGGAGCUAAUGGUAACAGGAUUAGGGCUCAACAUUUCUUUGGGAAUAGUAGUUCAGUACAUCCAGAGGAGAAACAGGAGAGGCAGAGCCUGAGUGGGGAAGAUAGUCCAGAUCUGGCUUGAGAGGUACAGGGAAGCAGAGGAGGAAAAGCUUCACUUGCCAAAAGAAAGUGAGUUGAUUGUUGUCAAAUUGAUCCCAUGGAAGUGGGGAAACAAGCCAAAGAAUCCAGUGGCCAUCUCUAAUGGGAACAGCCUUUUUGGGGAUGGCAAAAAAGAUGUCAGGAAGGAAGGUUUUCAGUGGGCACAGAAACGUUGUGUAUGAUAGUGUGGUAGUGAUGUACAGUCACUGGGAAAAGGGAAAAUUACUGGUUCUGUAGCAAGGGAUUUACAAAGGUUUGAGCACCAGCUUGCAAGGCAAUGCGCAUUUGUUACAGGGUUGGUGAUACCUGCCCUGAAAGUGUUUGAAAAGCCACUUCUAACUCUGAUCUUUUUCCUACAUGCUCCUGGAAAAUGUAUUUGGAGGAGUGUAUGGAAAGGUCAGUAUGAGCCUAACACGACAGGUAGCGGUUGAUCCCAUUUCCAAUGGUUUUUGUUUUCCUUUGGUGAUAAUGAAGGUGAUCAAAGGGACAGGUGAGGGAUAGUUUUUGCAUUCUUACAGUCUUUUUUCUUAUGUUACUGAAUGUUCUUUACCAGUUGGCAGAGAGUUGCUAUUCAGGUACCUCAGAGACAAGAUGCAGCACUGCGAUCCUAUGGGAGACCUUCAUUCUCAAGGUGCCUCCCUCUGACCAGGUUCGAGUGCUGGGCCACCCAGUGCUCCACUUCCCUAAAGUGAAUUAAGGUGAAUUAGUGCUAAAUAUGUGAAAUUUCGUAUGGUGGAUGUUUAUUCUACUGGAAGCAUUACAGAGAUCACCUUAAUUCCUGCAAGAUGAGGAAUUUACCACAGACCACUGUUAUAGAACUGUUAAAUUGUAACAACUCCCUUCAGUCCCUGUUCUGGGGAGGAAACAGCCGGUGCUGCUCCUGACCUGUUGACGUGGUGGCUUUGGGAGGCAGGAUGCUUCCACCCUCAAAUAGGACAUUUGGACCAGAGAACAUAGAGGGGAAGCUUCAGCUCUAGCAAGAGCUGAUGAGGAACCACAGUGGAGUUCCAUGGCUGCGAAAGGAAUUAUUCUCUCCAGUUUCAGAAAGGAAAUGAAAACCCGGAGCCUUUUUCACCACUGAACAGUUAUUUUUCUUUUGUUUUUUUUUUUAAUAAAGUCAUUAUAAAUAUGUACAAAGAGUCUCAGCAUAAGAAAUUCCUUUUACAAAAGAGAGAAGCCCCAUCCAAUCACAAAGAGGAGCCUUCCUGAACUCGGCUCAGCAGUGAGCUUCAUUUUGCUCUUGCUUUGGUAAGGGUGGAAACGUGCACAGUGACUCUGCCAGGGUUUAAAUCCAAACCAGCCAUGGUCAAAGCAUUGUGUGUUCGCUGCACUUCACCUCCUGGAGCCUGGCUGCAGGCUAGAGAUGCUGCCAACAUCCUGUGGACCAGAGGUGAGGGGAAUCAAGUUUGGACUUCACAUUGAUGGGAAAUGUGAGUACCCAUGAAAACCAAAUCCCACUGCAGUUGGCCUUGCUCUCUACUUGGGUGGCAUCUGAAGCUAGUAACUGUAACUAAUAAUUGCAGUUCAAUACCCAGAUGCUUUCAGUGAAUAUUUAUCAAGCUCCAAAGUCACUUUCUGUAAAUAUUAGAAAAACCUGUUAAAUUCCUCAAGUAUUGAGUAGGGUGAAUUCUGAAGGACUCUGAUGGGAAUAACAU